CCUUUGAUUACUGCCAUCAUCUCAUUCAAUACCCAACCAAUUGAUUAGAAAAAAGAAACAUGCAGUCCAAAUCAAUGCCAUAGCUGCUUGCUUUACCAUAUUCACAAUAGUUAACCCCAGAAAAUCGCCAUGGGGACCAGAGGACCAAAGGCCAUAAUUUCUGCAGCCCUACAGUGUGAUAAUGGAGUCCCAAGAAGAAUCUCAUCAUGAUUGUUCGUUUUCAAGAGCUUCUUCCAUUGCCCCUUUUUUUCCAUUCCGUUUCAUAAAAGAUAAUGAAACCCCAUCCCCAUAACAAAACCCUAAACAAAUAAGGAAAAAACAGAGCUAAACAUUACACAUUUUACAGAGAAGAACAAGAAGAUAACAUUAUUUAUUUCCUAAUGAACAAACUCCUGAGCUUCCCUCGUUCCAACCUCUCCAGCAGCUUCUUCGACCCAGGAACAUCCAUCUCCGUCAGCUUCUUCAGGUACCCGCUCGCCCCGUACGAGAUCAUCAUCUUCCUGCACCUCUUGCUCCCCGACAAGCCCGCCAGGCACGCCACCGCGUACUUCUUCGCCGUGUUCUGCGGGCUGGCGUCCAGCAGCUGCACCAGAUUCGGCACGCUCCUCCCUUCCUUCCUCACCUCCCUGCAGUUCUGCGAAACCGUCAUCAGGCUCGAGAUCGCCUGCGCAGCCACCUCCCUCGCCCCGUUCGACUUCGCCUCCAGCAUCCUUAUCAGCAGCGGAAUGCACCCGGCCUCCCCGACCACCUUCUUCAUCUCCGCCGCAGCACACACCCUGCAUAUCGCCGAUGCUGCAGCCUGUUGUGCCCCCACCGACCCCGAUUUCAGCACGUGGACCAAUCGCGGCAGGAAUCCUUGCGAGACGAGGAUUUCGGUGGAGACGGAGUUUACCAGAUUCCUCAAUGCUCCAACAGGGGACUCCUGAGGGAGAGGCCCGUCGAGAUACGCCAGCAGGCUUCGAAUCCCGCCUUCCGAAAUCACGGAUCUUCUCAAAUCCUCGUUGCUGGAAGUGAGAUUCUGCAAGCAUUCCGCUGCGUACUCUUUGGAACCCAGCAGGAUCCCGCAGUCCAGAAGGUUGAUCAUUACCUUCACGAUUCCUUCUUCAGCCAGUGGCUGCCGAACUUCCGGUACAGCAGAAAUGUUCUUCAGAGUGCAAGCUGCAGCUGCCUGAGACACCGAAUCCCCCGUUCGGCAUAUCUCGAUCAACGGCCGGAUUCCACCGUGACCCACGAUCGCUCUGGCUGUUUCGGCCG